UCCGGCACAUCUCAAGGUCAACGCGCUAGGGACACAAAACACCCAGAGCUGCAACAGGCCUCGCCGUCACCUGAACCGAUGACGCCUGCGGUAGUGGGUCACUGGGGACGUUAAAAACAAUACGGAGGUAUUCUUCCAAGGAUGAAUGGGUGUGAACGGGUGCUAACAGGCCCGCCGGAGUGCAGUCUCGGGGACCCGGCGUUAAGGCCCCCCAGGGCCGAGGAGGAGGGCGUGGAGCGCCGGCAAAGGAAGGACGCGGCCAGGCUCCCGGAGGCAGCCGCAGCCGCAGCCGCGGAAAGCUCGGUCUGGCCCAGGCCCCGCCGGCUCCCGCGGGAGCCUCGCCUCCACCGGCCUGCUCCGUACGCUCGACGGCCUUCCCAGCUCACCUCACAGACUCCAGCACAAACACCGCGUCUCUCCCGGGAGGCCCGCCCCGGGCCCGGAGGCCAGCUGCCCGGGGCACGCCUCACUCCGCCAUCUUCGCUCCUUCUCAGCUCCCGCAGCCCGGGGGCGGAGACCCAGGAGGUCCCGCCCCGCCCGCUGAUUGGAUGGCACCUUGCUCGCGCGCUCGGCUUCCGUCGCAGAUUGGCUGGCAGGUGUGGGAUGUGGGGCUGAUUCAGGUGGUCCACAGCAGCAGACUAUUUGCCUCAUUUGGCCUCUGAGAGGAGCUCUUUGCCAGCUGCACAGUCCUUACUUCAAAUCUGGAGAGAAAAUAAAUGUCAUCACCCGGAGAAUGUGGAGUAGCUCUGAGAAAGAGCAAGGCUGUUCCUGCUUCCCCCUUGCUGCUCCUGGUUGCUGUUGUGAGACAAGAGGUUGGAGAUCUCUUGAAACGAGGACUGGAUUGGCUGCAAGGAACCUGAUGACCCUAACCAGCAAGAAGCAGCAAAGAGAACCGUGCCCCCUCUCCCACUAACUCUUUCUCUCUCCUAUGGUGUUGGGGUGUUGGAAGGGAUUGGAAUGGAGUAAGGAGAAAAAAAAAUAAGAAAUGUAAAUAAAAGUUUUUUUUUUAAGUACGACAACAGGCUGUAACACUUAUAUAGCCUCUGAAAAGUUCCCAGAGUUCCAAACAUCACACAUUCGCAGAAACUAUCUGCAAAUGGCAAAAUCACACCCUGCCAGAGCACAAGGCAAAUCACAGUCAGCUGCUGCAGAGCAGCCCCUCAUCCCCACACUUGGGAUUAAAACAAAAAUAUGUUCUUACAAUCUUUCUGUGUUUCUUUAAAGUUUUUUUUGUUGUUUGUUUGUUUGUUUUAAUGUACACUGGUGUUUUGUCUACCUGUAUGUCUGUGCUGGGGUAUUAGAUCCCUAGGAACUGUAGUUCCAAACAAUUGGAAGCUGCCAUGUGGGUGCUGGGAAUGGAAUCAGGGUCUAUCUGGAAGAGCUGCCAGUGCUCUUAACCACUGAGCCAUCUCUCCAGCCCCUCUUUCUGUGGGUUAUUUUUGUUGUUGUUGUUUUGAUUCUUUGAGACAGGGUUUCUCUGCAUAGCCUUGGCCAUCCUGAACUCACUUUGUAGACCAGGCUGUCCUGGAACUCAUUCACCUGCCUCUGCCUCCCUGAGUGCUGGCAUUACAGGCAUGUGCCACCACGCCCCACUAUGUUUUUUUUUUUUUUUUAAAGAAGCCAAAAAAUCCAAAAGUCUUACUAUACAAACCUCUAUGUUCAAAGAGGUUUUACUGCAUUCAGACAGAGCUAAUAUUAAUGGGAAAAGUCACUGCAGACAGACAGAUAAUACUGAACCCAGUUAGGACACAGCAAAUUGAAGCCAGCUGAAGGGUCCAGGUGAGCUCCAAAGGAGGACUGUGAUGAAGUGCAGGACUGAAAAGGGACAGACAGAUGCACAGACAGAGUAAUUCAAGAGAGCAACAUCAAACAAUGGGGCCCUGCUCGAUUGAAGCUCAGAGAACUGGCAGAAAUACUCUGCCUUAAUCACUUACCAGGGGUUCAGAUGACAGUGGGCAGGCUGUUACCAUUAAUCACAGUGCCGUGUUCUUCCUAUUUUGUAAUGGAAGUUUUGGUUUCUUUGUAUAUUAUGUAAAUGUGCUUUUGUUUUAAUCCCAGGGGUGGGAUUUUAGUUGGGCUAUAGUUUGUCCACACCUGUAAAUUGUCACAUGCUGGAAUUAAAUUUGAGCAUCACCAGACACAGCUUAUAACCUUUUGUUUUGCUUUGUUUUUGUUUCAAGACAGGAUUUCUUUGUGUAGCCCUGGCUGUCCUGGAACUCUCCAUAGACCAGGCUGUUCUGGAACUCAGAGAUCCGCCUGCCUCUGCCUCCCA